AUGGAUGGACUGGGGGCAGGUGAACUGAGGACAGGUGGGCUGGGGGCAGGUGGACUGGGAACAGGUGGGCUGGGGGCAGGUGGACUGGGAACAGGUGGGCUGGGGGCAGAUGGACUGGAAACAGGUGGGCUGGGAGCAGGUGAACUGGGAGCAGGUGGGCUGUGGGCAGGUGGACUAGGAACAGGUGGGCUGGGGGCAGGUGAACUGGGGGCAGGUGGACUGGGGGCAGGUGGACUGGGGGCAGGUGGACAGGGGGCAGGUGGACUGGAAACAGGUGGGCUAGGGGCAGGUGGACUGGGAACAGGUGGGCUGGGGGCAGAUGGACUGGGAACAGGUGGGCUGGGGCAUGUGGAAUCUGAGGGAUCAGGUUGGAGAGUAGAUGAAGGGUUGAGGGCUGUGUGCCCAGAGUCUGGUCAGCCACCUGAGACCAUGUUAGUGCUCAAGGGUCGUGUUGCAUCCAGGGCCAUACAGAUCUGA